GUUUGGUACGGUGAAAAACUCAUGGAGAAUUUCGAGGCGAUACCAUUCUACCAUGCCUCAGUGGCGUUGAGAACAGAAGCCCUCGAGGUGUGCGUCGAAUCGCUUCUUAGGACAGACCCUCUUGUCAAAAGCCUUGAUAUCGCCUGUGAUGUGAAACGAGUAUUCGCACUGUCGGCGUUGAGGGAGGUGUUCUAUAACGAAACUUGCAGAUCGCUCUCGCUUAUGGUGAUUGAUAAACGAAGUGGACACGUGGUAGCGGCCAUGUUAUGCGCGGAUUUUUUCCACCAAUGCCAUCCGAGCUACGAGGGGGUCGCGUGUACACAGUGGCAGGCUUACUUACAUGCGCUUGUUUCCAUGGAAAUGUAUUACAAAGCAGUGUUUGACGUGUCCGGUCGGGGCAACUGGAUGUGUCACGUUAUAUCCGCUGUUCGGGAUGUCGAUGUCCGUUUAAGAACAGAGUUGAGAAAAUGUUUGAUAGUUGAAACUAUAAAUAAGGCACGUAACCAAGGAUACAGUCAUGUGAUCGGUUUUCAUAGCAACUUGAUGUGCCAAGAGCUCGCCGUCGAUGUCGGAAUGGACGUGAUUGGGAAUUCCUGUCUGCUCCGUGACAUUUCAUUCAAGGAAGGCAAAUAUUUUAAGAACAUUUGUCCACGAAAUUCAAGGAUUAUGGCGAUGGUUUACGAUUUCCUGGUUUAAGUUUAGCGACACAUAGAGUAGAUCAUAAAAAGAAAAUAAGCUAGUAUCCGGG